AUGAAGCUAUGGAAGCGGGCUGCCGGUGCUAUCAAAGACCAGAGCAGCCUCUUCGCCGCUGGUUUCACCCGACGAACGUCCUUUAGAAAUCCCGAUCUUGAAUCGGCGAUCAUCAAAGCGACGAGUCACAAUGAGCAUUACGUCGAUUACAGAAAUGCCCAGAGAGUUUUUGCUUGGAUUCGCACCUCUCCGCUCAACAUCAAGCCUCUCGUUUGGGCUCUCUCGGCCCGCAUGCAGAAAACCAGAAGCUGGAUCGUUGCGCUCAAGGGGUUGAUGCUCAUGCAUGGCGUCUUCUGUUGUAAGGUUCCUGCUCUCCUAGGGAUUGGUCGUUUGCCUUUUGAUCUCUCAAAUUUCAGCGACGGCCAUGACAGAGCAUGCAAGGUGUGGGGUUUCAACGCUUUUGUUCGCGCUUAUUUUGCUUUUCUUGACCAGAGAUCUGCCCUUUUGCGAGAUCAAGCGAAACAGAGUGGAGAUCCAAUGUCGCAGGAGCUUGUCAGGCUUCAAAAAUGGCAGUCUCUGCUUGAUACUCUGCUUCAGAUAAGGCCUCUUGCCGAUAACAUGAAAACCACCCUGAUUCUUGAAGCCAUGGAUUGUAUAAUCAUUGAGUUAUUCGACGUUUACAGCAGAAUUUGCAGUGCGGUCGCCAAUGUUCUGGUAAGAAUAUGUUCGGCUGGGAAACUUGAAGCAGCCAUGGCGCUUAAGGUUCUUCAAAAGGCAACCAUGCAAGCGGAUGAUAUCUCCAUUUACUUCGAAUUUUGCAAAGAUUUUGGGGUUUUGAACGCGAAUGAGUUCCCAAAAGUUACCCAGAUACCUGAAGAAGACAUACGUGAGCUCGAAAGGAUAAUAAAUGGAGAGACAGAGAUGAAGGAAUCGGACAUGAAAGUAGAUGAUAAGGCCAUUGUUGAACAGAAGGAGCAGGUGAGAGAUCAGAAAGAGAAGUCGAUGAUGAAGACGAUAAUAACAGAGAAAUGGGAGGUGUUCGAUGAAGAAAAUUUGAAUUCAAAUGGAGAUCAUUCCAAGCAAACAGGGCAAACUCCUUCUGCAGCCUCUGUAGAUCAUCUUCUUCUACCUCUUGUACCUGUGGACGAACCUGCUUAUAAAAACUAUGAUGAUAUUCCAGAUUUCAUUCGUUUCUAG